GUCUCAUGGGCCGCGCCAUCCCACCUGAGCGCCACAGCCCCCACCACCUGAAAGAGCAGCACCACAUCCGUGGCUCCAUCACGCAAGGGAUCCCGCGCUCCUACGUGGAGGCCCAGGAGGACUACCUGCGUCGCGAGGCCAAGCUCCUGAAGCGCGAGGGCACGCCCCCGCCCCCGCCGCCACCGCCACGGGACCUGGCCGAGGCCUACAAGCCCCGGCCCCUGGAGGCGCUGGGCCCUCUGAAGCUGAAGCCGGCCGCCGAGGGCCUGGUGGCCACCGUCAAGGAGGCCGGCCGCUCCAUCCACGAGAUCCCACGCGAGGAGCUACGGCGCACGCCCGAGCUGCCCCUGGCCCCGCGGCCGCUCAAGGAGGGCUCCAUCACGCAGGGCACCCCGCUCAAGUACGACACCGGCGCGUCCUCCACUGGCUCCAAGAAGCACGACGUGCGCUCCAUCAUCGGCAGCCCCGGCCGGACGUUCCCUGCCGUGCACCCGCUGGACGCCAUGGCCGACGCGCGGGCCCUGGAGCGUGCUUGCUACGAUGACAGCCUCAAGAGCCGGCCUGCGGCUGUCGGCGGCGCGGGCGGCUCCAUUACCCGCGGGGCUCCGGUCAUCGUGCCCGAGCUGGGCAAGCCGCGGCAGAGCCCCCUGACCUAUGAGGACCACGGGGCGCCCUUCGCCAGCCACCUGCCGCGGGGCUCCCCUGUGACCACGCGGGAACCCACACCGCGCCUGCAGGAGGGCAGCCUGUCAUCCAGCAAGGCGUCCCAGGAUCGGAAGCUGACGUCCACGCCCCGUGAGCUCGCCAAGUCCCCGCACAGCACCGUGCCCGAGCACCACGCCCACCCCAUCUCGCCCUACGAGCACCUGCUCCGGGGAGUGAGCGGCAUGGACCUGUACCGGGGCCACAUCCCGCUGGCCUUCGACCCCACCUCCAUUCCCCGCGGGAUCCCUCUGGACGCAGCUGCCGCGUAUUACCUGCCCCGGCACCUGGCCCCCAACCCCAGCUACCCGCACCUGUACCCGCCCUACCUCAUCCGCGGCUACCCCGACACGGCGGCGCUGGAGAACCGCCAGACCAUCAUCAACGACUACAUCACCUCGCAGCAGAUGCACCACAACGCGGCCACCGCCAUGGCCCAGCGCGCCGACAUGCUGAGGGGCCUGACUCCCCGCGACCCCUCGCUGGCGCUCAGCUAUGCUGCCGGCCCGCGAGGUAUCAUCGACCUGUCCCAAGUGCCACACCUGCCCGUGCUGGUGCCCCCGACGCCGGGCACGCCAGCCACCGCCAUGGACCGCCUCGCCUACCUCCCCGCCGCGCCCCAGCCCUUCAGCAGCCGGCACAGCAGCUCCCCGCUCUCCCCAGGAGGUCCCACCCACUUGACUAAAGCAACCAGCGCGGCCUCGUCAGAGCGGGAGCGGGAGCGGGAACGAGACCGGGAGCGGGAGCGGGAGAAGUCCAUCCUCGCGUCCACCACCACGGUGGAGCACGCGCCCAUCUGGAGACCGGGUACGGAGCAGAGCAGCGGCGGCGGCGGCGGGGGUGGGGGCAGCAGCAGCCGCCCCGCCUCCCACUCCCACUCCCACCAGCACUCGCCCAUCUCCCCCCGGACCCAGGACGUCCUGCAGCAGAGGCCCAGUGUGCUGCACAACACGGGCGUGAAGGGCGCCGCCACCUCCGGGGAGCCCAGCACGCCCACAGUCCUGAGGUGGGCCAGGUCCACCUCCACCUCCUCGCCUGUCCGCCCGGCUGCCACAUUCCCGCCCGCCACGCACUGCCCGCUGGGCGGCGCCCUGGACGGGGCCUACCCGACCCUCGUGGAGCCUGUGUUGCUGCCCAAGGAGGCCCCCCGGGGCGCCCGGCCCGAGCGGCCCCGCGCAGACACCGGCCACACCUUCCUCGCCAAGCCCCCAGCCCGCGAGCCCGCCUCCUCCCCCGGCAAGGGCUCCGAGCCCCGGCCCCUGGCGCCCCCCGGCUCCAGCCACGCGGCCAUCGCCCGCACCCCGGCGAAGAGCCUCGCACCCCAGCACGCCAGCCCGGACCCAGCGGCGCCGCCCGCCUCGGCCUCGGCCUCCGACCUGCACCGGGAAAAGACUCAGAGUAAACCCUUUUCCAUCCAGGAACUGGAGCUCCGAUCUCUGGGUUACCAUGGCGGCAGCUACAGCCCUGACGGGGUGGAACCCGUGAGCCCCGUGAGCUCGCCCAGCCUGAGCCACGACAAGGCGGUCCCCAAGCACCUGGAAGAGCUCGACAAGAGCCACCUGGAGGGGGAGCUGCGGCACAAGCAGCCAGGCCCCGUGAAGCUCGGCGGGGAAGCCGCCCACCUCCCGCACCUGCGGCCACUGCGUGAGAGCCAGCCCUCUUCCAGCUCCCUGCUGCAGCCCACCCCCGGGGUCAAGGGUCACCAGCGGGUCGUCACCCUGGCCCAGCACAUCAGUGAGGUCAUCACGCAGGACUACACACGGCACCACCCGCAGCAGCUCAGCGCGCCCCUGCCCGCCCCCCUCUACUCCUUCCCCGGGGCCAGCUGCCCCGUCCUGGACCUGCGCCGCACGCCCAGUGACCUCUACCUCCCAACCCCAGAACACGGCCCACCGGCCCGCGGCUCCCCGCACAGCGAGGGGGGCAAGAGGUCCCCAGAACCAAACAAGACGUCGGCCCUGUGCAGCAGCGAGGACGCCGUGGAGCCGGUGUCCCCACCGGAGGGCGUGGCCGAGCCGGGCCGCCCACGGAGCGCCGCGUACCCACUGCUGUACCGGGACGGGGAGCAGGCGGAGCCCAGGAUGGGCUCCAAGUCCCCUGGCAACACCAGCCAGCCGCCGGCCUUCUUCAGCAAGCUGACUGAGAGCAACUCCGCCAUGGUCAAGUCCAAGAAGCAAGAGAUCAACAAGAAGCUGAACACCCACAACCGGAACGAGCCGGAAUACAAUGUCGGCCAGCCUGGGACGGAGAUCUUCAAUAUGCCCGCCAUCACCGGAGCAGGCCUUAUGACCUGUAGGAGCCAGGCGCUGCAGGAGCAUGCCAGCGCCAACAUGGGGCUGGAGGCCAUUAUUAGAAAGGCCCUCAUGGGUAAAUAUGACCAGGGGGCCGACCCCCCGCCACUCAGCGCCCAUGCUUUUAACCCUCUGAAUGCCAGUGCCAGCCUGCCUGCUGCUAUGCCCAUAACCACUGCUGACGGACGGAGCGACCACGCGCUCGGCUCGCCAGGGGGCAGCGGGAAGACAAAGCUCUCUGGCCGACCCAGCAGCCGAAAAGCCAAGUCCCCGGCCCCGGGCCUGGCGUCCGGGGACCGGCCACCCUCCGUCUCCUCGGUGCACUCGGAGGGAGACUGUAACCGCCGGACGCCACUCACCAACCGCGUGUGGGAGGACCGGCCCUCGUCGGCAGGCUCCACGCCCUUCCCCUACAACCCCCUGAUCAUGCGGCUGCAGGCGGGCGUCAUGGCCUCCCCGCCCCCGCCUGGCCUCCCCGCGGGCCCCCACCCUGCCUGGGACGAGGAGCCCAAGCCGCUGCUCUGCUCGCAGUACGAGACGCUCUCCGACAGCGAGUGACCCCCUCCCCACGCACGGGGCGGGGGCGGCAGGGGCGGCCCCCGCACCGAGGAAGGAGCCCCUGAGUGCGCCUGCGCAUCCGUCCAUCCGUCAUGCAGAGUUGGCAUCCUUGCCUGUCUGAAGCCUUAACUGGGACCCCGCCCCGGGCUGGCCCUGUGCAGUGACCUUACUCAGGGGAUGCUUACCUGGUGCUCGGGAGGGGGGGGGAGAGCAGGGGCCGCGCGCGCGGCCGGGCGGCCAGGGACCCAAAGCAGGACGGCCACGCACCUCCACGCCCCCGCCUCCCCCCUUAACGCAUCUGGAACCAAAGUCUAAACCGGGCUGGCAGCCCCGCCCCUCCCCCCGCCUCCCGUCCCGCUUAGCACUCUGGACAGACGGACACAGGCGCCCUGCAGGCCCCCCUCCCCGCCGCGGGCUGCUCCAGCCCCUGAGACUGCUGGGAACCAAGUCAGGCCAGGUGGGCGGGCGGUGGGAGGGAGCAGGUGUACAUGAUGUAUUGGUUUACAGGGUAUAUUUUUGAUACCUUCGAUGAAUUAACUCAGCUGUUUCCCGCGAGGAAGGACUCGCCCAGUAUUACUGCUGCUGCGCUUUCGGUCUCUGCUUCCCGCUCAGGGGGCGCGUGCAGGCGACAGGCGGUGACCCCAUCGUCCGCGGGGCUCCCCAGCCCCCGCGGCCUCCCUCCCUCCCUUGGCAGAAUGAAUUGGACGCGUAUUCCGUGGCCGCCGUCUGCGCACGGCCGUGGCAUUCUGUCAUUUACACACGUGGUUCUAAUUAAAAAGCGAAUUAUACUCGA